AUGGGGGGAGAACACGACGAACAUAGCUCAAACCAAAGCACCACCUUGGUUACCCACCUGUCUCACAAUGGGCUUUUGCCGAGCCACAUCUACUUCGGCAGCUGCUUCUUUGUCCUUGGUACUUGGUGGCUCAUUGCCAUUCUCCGGUCUCGGUACAGACGAGACAAGCGCAAAGAGGUUGCUCUGGCCUACCCUGGAAGGUGUGAUUCCUGCUCUAGCAAACUAAUUGAAGGUCUAGUGAAGUUGGUCGUCUGCAUUGUGGGCGUUAUUAUCGAGCAGACUACGGUAAAGUUCCUGGAGCGUCCAGCAAACUACACCUAUGACUCAAUCUACGUCAGCUUCAUGCUUGCUGCUGUGGUUGACAUCUUUGGCGGUCUGCGCAUCGCACUUCCCGAAGGUAUCGAUUUUCUAGCUCACUCAGUGGCUUUUGCAAAUCUUGGGAUAUUAGCUAGGUCUCAUGCAUGGGGUCACCUACAUUUAACUGUUGCUACCCGAAUGCUCACAUCCUAUGUGGCUAUUUCGGCUACGCUGGCACUUGUUUUGGAGCUUCACAGACCUCAAUCUCACAUCCUUCAAUUUAUUCGAACUGGGGCUGUAAUGCUUCAGGGUGUUUGGUUCUGGCAGGCUGGUAUCGUGUUAGAUUCACCAUUCGCAAGACGCUGGGUGGAGAACGACCACGGCAAUCUAAUGUUCAUCACGAUUGCGUUUGCCUGGGACAUGUGUGGUGUGGUGCUCUUUCAGACUUUCAUUGCUGUCGUCGUAGCAAAAUUAAUGGGAAGGAGAGAGUUAGAAGCUCCAAUGCACCGCCUUCGAGGUAGCAAGCAAAAUGGACCGAGUGGACCUGUCAACACAGAGGUAGGAGACGGCUACAAACCUCUUCAAUCCACGGAACCACUUGAAAUCGACCAUUCUAGUGCAGCCAGCUAA